CGCCUCCAGCGCCUCCAGCGGCUACGGCAGCCUGUACUCCACCGCCACCAGCAUGAUGGGCAACCUGUCGCCGCCCUCGUCCGAGUCGGCGCCGUCCGAGAGCCACUUCGGCCACCACCAGGGCCACAUGGACAACGGACCCAGCUCGUCGCCGCAGUCCAUCGCCGCCACCGGCUACCCUAGUCCCAACUACCCCAGCCCCAGCCACGGCUACCACAGCCCCACCCACGCCUACCACAGCUACCCCAGCCCCGGCUACAGCCCGGGCAGCAGCCACGCGCACUCCGUCAGCCACUCCCUGAGCCAGGGGCUGUCGCACCCCGCGUCGUCGCUCAUGAGCUCCUCGGUCUCCAGCAACGAGUCCGUGCUCUGCCCGACGCCGACCGCCGCCUCGUCCUCCGAGCUGGCCGUGCUCAGCAACAGCGUCACCCUGUCGGGCGGCCUGGCCAGCUCGCUGUCCGGCUCGCUGUCCGGCUCGCUGUCCGGGCCGCUGCCCUCCGGACUGGGCGUGUCCGGGCCCUGGCAGCAGUUGGCCUCGCAGCAACAGCUCGGGCCCUUGACCGGGCGCAGCCUCAACUCCUCGCCGACGUCCUCCCUGCUGGACUCGCACUCCAGCGCCAUGGCGGCGCCGAGCUUCGGCCACUACGGCCAGAGGGCGCACCCCCAGCCCUUCUACUCCUGGUACUAG